UCCAAGGUGCGCCGCCGGAUCCUGCCAGUGCUGGUCCUGCUGCUUGCGCUGUCUCUUCGUCCCUAUGGCCGUCCCGCCGCAGCUACGGGCUCUGCUCCUUGCGGUCAACGCACUGUUGCGCAAGCGCCGCUACCACGCUGCGUUGGCCAUGCUUAAGGGCUUCCGGAACGGGGCAGUCUACGGAGUCAAAGUCCGGGCCCCUCACGCGCUGGUCAUGACCUUUCUCUUCCGGAGUGGCAGAUCAACAUGUACCUGCUGUCACGACUCCUGUUUGCCCUGUGCCGCCUGGGCGUGGAGAAGGGCUACAUUCCCGAACCCAGGUCAGCAGGUGUCAGCAAGAAAACGAGAGAAAGAAAGAAAAGCCGCUUGCUCCACCAUGGCCAACCUCGAAUGUGCUGGUGAUGCUGAAGAUCAUGAGAAGAAUCUGAGGGCUUGUGACAUGGCAGGCAUGGUGCCCAACGCGUUUUGUACACUAGAUCUCACUACUUCUAAGACACCAUCAAAGAUGAGCUACAACAUUAUUUUGAGCCCCUGAGAAAGAAAGGAGCUACCAACGAAAAAUUUAGGACAGGCCAUUGAUUGUAUGAUGCACCUCAGUUUCAGAGGUAUUGAAAUAUGGGGGGGGGGGGGGGAGUCUUAGAAUCCAUGGAAUUAUGAGAUCGCCUCAUCUACACACCUUAUUGCCCUCUGAACAUAUUUUUCUCCUUGUCUUUGUGCCUAUCUGUGCCAACCAGAGUUUGGAGGGUAGUGCAGGGAUUGCCUGAUGAAAACUCUCCUAGUCUGCAGCCUCCCUAGAACGAUUUUCCUUGCCUCCUUGAGAGGAGACGUAGGCAAGCUGCCUCAGUGAUUCAUCUUUCAUUCCUAAUAACAGCUGACAUUUACUGGGCCCUCUCUCUGUGCCAGGUACUGUCCUAAGCACUUUAAUGCCCCAACAGCCCUAUCAGGUAAACACUAUUUUUGUCAUCCUCAUUUUACACAUGAAAAAAACAGAGCCCCUCCCCUCUAAGGGUCCGUUACUGACACUGCAGCUCUGGUCCGGGCAAGCACAGCUACUGUGUCUGUUUCCCCCCUCUCCUUGGAAAAGCAUCAUCCCUUCUCAGAGGUUGGAGAUGAUGUAGAGAAUGGAAGUGACACUGGGUGAGCUUUGAAGGGAAGAGAGGUCCCCAGAGCCUGAGUUCAGUGGGUAGUAGGGUUUGGGGGAAGGGAGGAUGGCUUAUCAACCUGGGACCUGUCCACUUGCACUGUUGUACCUUGAACCCUCUGACCCACACCCUACUGAACUAUGGACCGAUGGAUGGCCCAAGAACUUGGCCAAGGCCAUCCAGCUGGGCAACUGUUGGCUGGGCAAGCCCCGUGUCUCCUGUUUCACCAUGAAUGCCCACUUUUUCUGCUCUUCCACACCCAUGUCUUCUCUGCAAAACAGAGGGGCUGUGCAGGUGUUAGUUAGUUCCUCGAUAGUAAGAAUAUCACUAAUGCUAGUUAACAUUUAUUGGGCGCUUACUCUCUGCCAGGCACAGGCAUCAGGGAUUGCAAACUCAGAUGGCAGGGCAAGUAAGGUCACUAGGUGAGGCAAGCCAUACAGGGACUAUGGUGGCCUAGAGGGUCAAGGCUCUGGUGAAAUGGGGCUACAGCAAUUGCUCAGCACUGUGAUGGCAUGGCUAGUGUUGCCAGAUAUUACGGUUUUAAAGGAAAGCCAGAUAUUUGAAUUUUUAUAUAGCAUUUUCCGGUUUAAGAAAAUUUUAAACUAAUUCACAAUUCAGGAAAAAAAAAAAAAAAAAACCUGUGGGCAAAUUAAACCAUACCUGGGAGCCAGUUUGCAAAUCUGCUUGUUUGCUUAUUUAACCCGGACACCCAUCCUAUGAAGGAGCCUUUGCCCCUUUUUGUACAGAUGGGGCAAGCUCUUUAAGAGCAUAAAUCAUCUACUCAAGGUCAUCUAGCUAAGCCACGUAGUUGGGGUCUGACUCCUGCAGCUUGCUCCUGUGUUUAUGGCCUCUCAGAUGGGUAAGAGGCCUGUGUUCAGACACAACCAGAACUGGCAUGGUGACAGAACAUCUCCAGGGACAGCAAACCGUCAGUCAGAGAAUUCAGUGUAGCAGUGAGGGAUCAUUUGAGACAAAUGUGAUGUUGCAGACAUAAAAUUCCCCACCUCCCUCUGCCAGAACUCAACAAUGGAUGUCUCUGUGCCCCUUAAUAAAAUGUAGUCACCACAGAAUCAUUUCUCCCAAUUAGGCACUCCUUAUAAUGAUGGGAUGUUCAUGUUUGGAGACUUUUUUUUUUUUAAACCUAAGAAUGUAUGUUUAGGUGAGGUGGUGUAUGUGGAAUAAAUAGCCUUGAAUUAUUUGUGGUGUUUGUCAAACUUCUUAAUGAGCAUAUUGUACGUGUUCACGUAAAUAAUUCUGACUCUCCCACUGGACUGUGAGCUCCAGGUAUGAGAGAUGGGUCAGUUUUGCUUCUAGCUGUCUCCCCAGCACCUAAGCGUAAUGUCUGACAGAACUGCUCAAUAAAUAUCUUGUAGAUUGAAUGUCUGAUACAAUUGCUCAAUAAAUAUCUGUGGAAGUGAA